GGCCGGGGCUCCCUGAGGGCGGCGGCGGCGGCGGGAGGGGUCCGGAGGGUCCGGCACCGGGAAAGGAUUCUGGUGGACAGUGCAUCACCCUAGCCAUGGCCACACGCCUCAGAUCGGCUGGCAGGAGCUGCACCGUGAUCGGGGGCUCGGGGUUCCUGGGGCGGCACAUGGUGGAGCAGCUGCUGGCCAAGGGCUACAGCGUCAACGUCUUCGACAUCCAGCAGAGCUUUGACAGUGAGCAGGUGACCUUCUUCCUGGGAGACCUGUGUGACAAGGAGGCUCUGCUGCCAGCCCUGCAGGGAGUGUCUGUGGUGUUCCACUGUGCCUCACCAGCCCCUUCCAGUGACAACAGGGAGCUGUUCUACAAGGUGAAUUUUAUGGGAACCAAGGCAGUCAUUGAAGCCUGCAAAGAAGCUGGAGUGCAGAAAUUGGUGUUAACCAGCAGUGCCAGUGUAGUUUUUGAGGGCACAGACAUAAAAAAUGGCUCAGAAGAUCUCCCCUAUGCACAGAAACCUAUUGAUUACUACACAGAGACCAAGAUCCUGCAGGAGAAGGAGGUGCUCAGUGCAAACGACCCAGACAACAAUUUCCUGACCACUGCAAUCCGUCCCCAUGGAAUAUUCGGUCCCAGAGACCCUCAGCUGGUUCCCAUCCUCAUACAGGCAGCAAGGAGUGGCAAAAUGAAGUUCAUCAUUGGGGAUGGAAAGAACUUGGUGGAUUUCACCUACGUGGAGAACGUGGUGCAUGGGCACAUCCUGGCUGCAGAAAAGCUGCACAAAAGCUCUCCUCUGUGUGGGAAGGCCUUUCACAUCACCAACGAUGAACCAAUUCCCUUCUGGACAUUCAUGUCCCGCAUCCUGACCGGCCUGGACUACGACCCCCCCAAGUACCACAUCCCCUACUGGCUGGCCUAUUACCUGGCCCUGCUGCUGGCCCUGCUGCUGGCCCUGCUCAGGCCCCUGGUGACCAUCAAGGCCACCUUCACGCCCAUGAGGGUGGCCCUGGCUGGGACCUUCCACUACUACAGCUGUGAGAGGGCCAAGAGGGCCAUGGGCUACAGCCCCGUGGUCAGCCUGGACGAGGCCAUUGCCAGGACUGUGCAGAGCUACCCCGGCCUGCGCCGGGCCAGGGCCUGACAGCCCUGCCUGGAGCCUCUGCUGCCUGAUUGCCAUCGUUUGUGACAGCUGAACGUGGAGCAAGUGUCACCAGUUCCCAGGAAAGAGGAGUUUUCCUGAAGUCUCUGCUCCUCCUCCUCACCAUUCUGUGUGGGAGCUGUGCUGGCAGUUUGUUUCUUGGAUGUGACUUCUUGUUUGGAAACAGCUGCUGAACUCUCUGGGCUGUGAAUAAACACCCUGCUGUGCCCUCUUCAAUCCUGAGCAGGCACACCAGCAUUCCUGCUCCUCUCCCUCCACCCUUGUCCCGUGUUUUGUUGCUCUGGUGACAGCAGCCACCUCUUCCCAGAGCUGCAGGCUGGGUCACAAACACUUCCUGUGGCUGGCUCCCCCUCUGGGCUUUGGCUUUGCUCUCCACAAGAGAGCCCCGUGCCAGAAAGGACUUCUGCCACCAUCUCUUAAAUCAUUGCAGCUCUUCUGGUUUUCCCUCCAUGAUCAGGGGCUGGUUUGGCUUCUCCCUGAGGCAGCAGAAGGAGCCCGCAUGGAAUGUGUUCACUUGUGGGUUCACUCCUUUGUCCAUGCAGGAUUUAUUUCUGUUCCAAAGGAACCCAAAUAAAUCACACAGAGCUGACUUUGCAUCUUUGUGUCCCAUCUCUGAGAGGGCAGAUCCCACAUCCACAAACAGGAUGUUAAUGAUUCCCUUUUGGGGACAGAGAUCUUUGGGAGCUGCCUGGCAGCAGCCCCAGCACUGUUCUGCAGAUCUCAGUGUUGGGAAGAUCCUGCAGCACCCAAGCUGCUCUUCCCUGCCCUGUCAGUGCUGGUCACGGAGAUUUUUGGUGCUCUGACUACUUAGUCCAUGAAAAAACCUCUUUUCCACAAGGAAAGGGGUACAAAGCAACAGUCCCCAAGCUAUUUCCUCCGACUUGUAUGUUAAAUGUUCUUUGCCCUC